GGGGUGUAUUUUGCAUUCAGAGACCAAGGUGCCUGUCUGUCUCUCAUUGCCAUCAAGGUUUACUACAUCACGUGCCCCGAAAUUUCCAACAGUUUCGCGUAUUUUCCCGAGACUCCGACAGGGAAGGAGGUGACAGCGAUAGUAACGGUAGAGGGACAGUGUGUGGCCAAUGCAGUGGUGGUCGAGACUCCGAGAUUACUGUGUAAAGGAGACGGAAAUUGGACUUUACCAUCGGGUGGUUGCAGUUGUAUGGCUGGAUAUGAACCGUUGGGUGAAAUCUGCGAAGUGUGUCCUGUAGGAACGUUUAAAUCGAACGUUGGGGAAAAUCCUUGCUAUUUCUGUCCUCCUCAUAGUGAUGCACCUUAUCGAGGAUCAAUGGAAUGUCGAUGCGAUGAUGGACACUACAGAGCACCUACUGAUGCAGCAUACAGUCCGUGCACUCAACCACCAUCGGCUCCACAGAACCUCUCUGUAAUUUUUGUAGACCAAUCGACAGUGGUUCUAGAAUGGCAAACUCCUUCGUAUCUUGGUGGUAGGUCGGAUCUAGAAUAUAGAAUCGCGUGCGAAGGUUGCAGCCCUUCCGUGGUGUAUUCACCUUCCGAUAGGGGUUUUAACGAUACCAAGGCAACCAUCUCGUCCCUAAACUCAGUUACCUCAUACAAAUUCCAAGUCUAUGCAGAAAAUGGUGUUUCCAGUAUGAGCAGGAGCCAUUCCUCGGACAUAAUAGUAACAACCGAAGCUUCUGUAUCUUCUGAAGUUAGGAACGUUAGAAUUGUCAACGUUAAAAGUACCGAAUUGAUUUUAGCUUGGGAUGCUUUAUUGGAAUCUAAAGACGAGUUGCAAGCUUAUGAAGUGAAAUAUUUUCAAAAAGGGUUCGAGAGAAACACCUCCAUAUUAAGGACAAUGAACGAAGAGAUUCUGAUUAACAAUUUGCAAGAGAAUACUGCUUAUGGUUUUCAGGUGAGAACGAAAACAACUAAAGGCUGGGGCGAAUACAGUAAACCAAUUUAUACGAAAACAGGUCAAACUGUCGGUAGCACAGCAUUAAUCGGCGACGAGGAACAAGUUCAGGUACGCAUUAUAGCUGGUACUACUGUAGCAGUUACCAUGCUGAUCAUCGUCGUCAUAGUCAUGAUUGUGUUAUACGUCAGAAGAAAUAGUGACGAGUGUAACAAGAAGCAACCUAGCGACUGCGAUACGUUAGAAUAUAACAGAAACGGUGAAGUGUUACCUCCCGUGGAUUCUUUAGCUACUAACACACGAAUGAUGACGUACAUAGCCACCCCCGUGUACAGCUCGAGCAGGACAUACAUUGACCCCCACACUUACGAAGAUCCUAAUCAAGCAGUGUUGCAGUUUACAAAAGAAAUCGAUGCAUCCAAUAUUACAAUAGAGGCUAUUAUCGGAGGAGGUGAAUUUGGUGAUGUGUGUCGAGGAAGUCUGAAGAUUCCGGGGUGGAUGGACGUGACGGUUGCCAUUAAAACCCUUAAACCGGGUUCAUCAGAGAAAGCCAAGUUGGAUUUUUUAACAGAAGCCAGCAUAAUGGGACAGUUUGAUCACCCCAAUGUUAUAUAUCUGCAAGGUGUAGUCACUAAGUGCAAUCCUGUUAUGAUCGUAACGGAAUAUAUGGAAAAUGGAUCCUUGGAUACCUUCUUAAGGGUAAUUGUUAGUAUAGAAUUGAUUUAUACCCCUUAAAAUAUAAUAAAGACCCUCUAAACAAUUGAUUUAUGCCCCCUAAAAUAUAAUAAAGACGUAUAGUUCUAUAGUAAGUGCUUUGGAAUUUUUUUACAAUGAUGCAUUUUGCGUCACUUCGCAUCAUGUCUAAGUCAAAACUAUUUACUGUUACGCUGUGUUUUUUUUUUUUGUUUCUUGUUUUUUUGUAAAUAGAAUGAAAUAAAUGUAACGUGACGUUUGUUAAAUAAAUUUUAUUUUGCUAUAAAUUUUCGAAAUUUUUUUGAAAAUAAACGAAGAAAAUCGUAACCCCCGUAAGUCACUUUUAGUAAAGGUUAACUUUAACUUGCUCGUUGUCUUAUUAAAAAGAGCGUAACUUCAACUUUGUUUUUUCUUUAGAAAAGGACAACCUCUUCGUUUAUUUCUAUUAUUUUCUUGGGGUAGAAAUGUAAAUUUAUAAUAUAAAGUACAGUACUACCUGUCUAAAACGAAACCUGUAUAAAACGGACAAAAUUCUCCGUAAUGGAGGAAUUUUCUAUGUUAAAAAUCUACCUAAACUAGUGUAUUGGGUAUACCGCGUAAUUCCGG